AUGUCUCAAUUAAUUCCUGCUGUUAGAGUUGCUGCUACUAUUAAACCGGCCAAAGGUGCAAUUAUCUUUGUCCACGGAUUAGGUGAUAGUGGUGCUGGAUGGUCAUGGUUUCCACAAUUGGCCAAACAAAGUAGUAUUAUUAAAAACUGUGAUUCUAUUAACUAUGUGUUCCCAAAUGCUCCUCUGAUGCCAAUUACAGCAAAUGGGGGAUAUGUUAUGCCAGGGUGGUUUGAUAUUUAUGAAUUCGGUAACCCGGAUGCCAAACAAGAUGUCGAUGGUUUUUAUAAGAGUUGUGAAACUUUGAAAAAUCUCAUUAAGGAACAGGUUGAAACCCACAAUAUACCAGCAGACAAUAUUAUAAUAGGUGGAUUUUCGCAAGGAGCAGCAGUUUCUUUAGCCACCGUUGCGUUGUUGGAUUUCAAGAUUGGAGGAGUAGUAGCUUUGUCCGGUUUCGCUCCACUUAAAGAUAGCAUUUCUCAAAAAAUGACCAAAGCUAACUUAGAAACCCCAAUAUUCCAAGGUCAUGGUACUGCUGACCCUAUUAUUAACUAUAACUAUGGUAAACAAACUAGUGAACUAUUCCAAAAGUUAGGAUUUUCAAAGCUUAAAUUUCACACAUAUCCAGGAGUUGCACACAGUGCAAGUGAAGAAGAAUUGGCAGAGGCCAUGAAAUUUAUUGACGAUGUACUCAAUAAAUAG